AUGAGGGAAGCUGGCCAGAGGGUCCAGUCAAACCUCAGCCGCUUCACAGUGUCGACCAUCAUUAGGACGUUCAGGAUGGAGAACAGAAAAGCGAGAGAUGAUGUGAGACCCCUGAAGCGCAUCUGCAGCUAUGAAUUUCUGCCCCCUCUCAUGUCUGAGCUGAGGGUUGUGCUGCUGGGGAACAGCUGGACUCUCAGGAGUGAAGUGGGGAACUUCAUACUGAGAGAGACUGUGUUUGAUCUUCAGAGAGCAGCUAAACGCUGUCUGAGAAGGAGUCGACAGCUGAAGGAGAAGAAAAUAACGCUCAUCAACACUCCAGAUCUGCUGCUUCCCAACAUCUCUCAAGACAAACUGACACAGGAUGUAGAAAGCUGUGUGAGCCUCUCUGCCCCUGGACCUCAUGUGUUCCUGCUGGUACUACAGCCUGAAGACUUCACUGAGUAUCAGAAACAGAGGUUACACAGAGUCCUUGAAACCUUCAGUGAGCGCUCUUUUGAUCAUUCACUGGUACUGACAUCAACACCCAGAGAGGAGAGAUCAGCUGGAAACUACAUGCAACAUCCAGCCUUAAAGGACAUGAUCAGAAAAUGUAGAAACAGACACUUGAACCAAAUGAACCUUGAACUCCCAGAGCUGUUAACUCGGCUGGGUCAAGUAGCGAAGGAGAACAAUAGAGAGCCUGUGAGCUGUGAUGUGUGUAAGUAUGCAGCUGCUGAUCAUCAAACACCAACACCUGCUGGGCAGAAACUGUCCUCAGCACCAAGCUCCUUCUGGAACUCAUCUGGACUCUGGAGGAUUGUGCUGUUGGGGAAAAACGAAGUCAAAAUGACAACACUAGUCAACUUUAUAAUAGGAAACAAAGCUUUUCAUUUCCAUAAAACUUCCCAAACCAAGCAAUGUGUGUCGGUCUGUGGAGAGUGGAAAGGAAAACCUUUAACAGUGGUGAAAACUCCAGACAUCUUCAGUCUGCCUGUGGAAACAGUGAGAAAAGAGAUGAAGAACUGCAUGGCUCUUUGCUUUCCUGGACCAAAUGUUCUGUUGCUGAUAGUGAAGCCUUCUGACUUCACAGAGGAGAACAGACUCACUCUGAAGUUCAUCCUGAGUUUGUUUGGUCAAGAGGCCUUUAAACACUCCAUGGUCAUAAGCACACAUGAGGGAGGUGAAACAAAUUCAUCUGUAAAACAGCUCCUUAAAGAAUGUGGAGGAAGGCACUACAGCAUGUUAUCAGAUGACCGUACACUGUUAAUGAAGAUUAUGGAGAACAUUGUGAGAGAAAACAAUGAGAGCUGCCUCACCUCCACUGAAGAGACAGCUACUGUGAGACCAGAGUGUGUGAACCUGGUGCUCUGUGGGAGGAGAGGAGCAGGGAAGACUUUAGCAGCCAAGGCCAUUUUGGGCCAGAAGAUGUUUGAUCCAGGCUCUGAGUCUGCAGUGUGUGUGAAGAAUCAGGGAGAGGUGUGUGGACGUCGGCUUUCCCUGGUGGAGCUUCCUGCCUUGUCUGGAAAACCUCAGGAGGCAGUGAUGAAGGAAUCAUUCAGGUGUGUCUCCCUCUGUGAUCCUGAGGGCGUCCAUGCCUUCGUCCUGGUCGUACCUGUGGGUCCCCUCACUGAUGAAGACAAAGGAGAGUUAGAGACCAUCCAGAGCACAUUCAGCUCUCAGGUCAAUGACUUUACCAUGAUUCUGUUCACUGUGGAGUCAGAUCCUAACCAUCCAGCUGUUAUUAACUUUCUAAGUCAGGACCAGGACAUCCAGCAGCUCUGUCAGAGUUAUGGAGGACGAUACGUUGUCCUCAACAUCAAGGACAGACAGCAAGUACCUGAGGUGUUGGACACUGUGGACAAAAUUAGACUUUCCAAGGAUAAACCGUGUGGUUACACAAUAGAAAUGUUGUACCUUACCCAAGUAGAUAAGAUCAGUCAACUAGAGAAAUGCAUCAAGUUGCAACAGACUGAACUGGAGGAGCUGAAAAGGCAGACUGUGGUCACCUGCGAUGAUGGCAAACACAGUGAAGAGUGUCUCAGGAUGGUCCUGAUAGGAAAGACAGGAAGUGGAAAGAGCUCUGCAGGGAACACUAUUCUGGGCAGAGAGGCAUUUAAAGCCAAAGCCUGCCAAACAUCUGUCACCAGGUGGUGUCAGAAAGCAGAGGGGGAGGUGGACGGUCAUCUUGUUGUUGUGGUUGACACCCCUGGCCUGUUUGACACAUCCUUGUCCCAUGACCAGGUUAGUGAGGAGAUGGUGAAAUGCAUCAGUCUGUUGGCUCCAGGACCGCAUGUCUUCCUGUUGGUGUUACAGAUUGGUCGACUCACAUCAGAGGAGAAGGAGACAUUACAGCUGAUCCAGAGAGGCUUUGGGAAGAAUUCUCAGAAGUUCAUUAUCAUUCUUUUCACAAGAGGAGAUUCACUGGAGCAUGAGGAGAAGUCCAUUGAGGACUACAUUAAAGAAGGUUGUGACGAUUCAUUCAAGAAACUGAUUUCUGACUGUGGAGGAAGAUACCAUGUGUUUAAUAACUAUGAUAAACAAAACAACAGCCAAGUCAGUGAACUGCUGACCAAGGUGGAGACCAUGGUGAAGAAAAAUGGAGGUGGCUGCUACACCACUGAGAUGUUCCAAGAGGCAGAGGCAGCCAUACAGAAGGAAGUGGAGAAGAUUUUGAAGGAGAAGGAAGAAGAGAUGAAGAGAGAGAAGGAGGAGCUGGAAAGAAAACAUGAAGAAGAAAUGGAAGAGAUGAGAAGAAGAAUGGAAGAACAGAAAUCUGAAAUUGAACAGGAGAGAAAACAGAGAGCUAAACUUCUCAAAGAAAAGGAGGAAGACAUUAACAAAGAGCGUGAAGACAGAAAGAAAGAAAAUGAAAGGAGAGAAGAAGAAGAAAGGAAAAGGAAAGAACAGGAGGAAGUUCAACGACAGGAAUGGAAACAAAAACUUGACACAUUGGAGAAAAAAAUAAAAUCAGAAUCAGAACAAAAAGAAAAUGUUGACCAGCAGCUGGAGCAGAGUAGAGAAGAGCUGAGAAAACAGCGAGAGGCUUGGGAGAAGGAAAGAAAAGAAUGGUGGGGAAGAAAACAUCGUGAAGAUGAACAGAGACGAGAGGAGGAGAGAACAAAGCUUCAAAAGCUCCAGGAAGAGUACGAGCAGGAAAAGAAGAAAGAUGAAAACAAAAGAAAAGAAGAAGAUCGACUCAGAAGAGAACAGGAGGAAAAUGAGCAAAAAGAAUUAGAGGAAAAAUAUAAGAAAAAAAUGGAGAAUAUGAAGAAGAAAUAUGAAGAGGAGGCCAGGAAGCAAGCAGAAGAAUUCAAUGACUUCAGAGAGAAAUACACCAAGGACUUUGUAACUCUGAUGGAAAAACAUGAGGAGGAGAUGAAGGCUCUGAAGCAAGAGCACAAGAAACAAAUUCAAGAGAAAAAGGUAGCAUAUGACCGCUUAAAGGAGCUGUCAGCUUACAAAGAAAAAAAUCUAAAGGAGGAAUUAGAAAAACUGAAGAAAAAACAUGAAGAGGAAACCAAAGAGUUGGAACAGAAAGACAAAGACAAAUGUAUCAUCCAAUGAUAAUU